GCGGCGGCGGCGGCGGGCAGGAGGGCGCCGGUGACCGUGCCCAGAUGCUGAGGAGCCUGCGACCCUGGUCCCGGCCGGCGCUCAGCUGCACCUGGAGCAGGCUGUGCCUCCUCACCAUGAAGGUGCAGUCGCCGGAGUUCCAGUCGCUCUUCACAGAAGGGCUGAAGAGCCUGGCAGAGCUGUUUGUCAGAGAGAACCAUGAGCUGAGGAUUGCGGGCGGGGCCGUGCGGGAUUUGCUGGCUGGAGUGAAGCCGCAGGACGUGGACUUUGCCACCACCGCCACCCCCGCACAGAUGAAGCAGAUGUUCCAGGCGGCCGGGGUCCGCAUGAUCAACAACAAGGGGGAGAAGCACGGCACCGUCACGGCCAGGCUGCAUGAAGAGAACUUUGAGAUCACCACACUGCGGAUCGAUGUUACCACCGAUGGCCGGCACGCCGAGGUGGAGUUCACCACCGACUGGCAGAAGGAUGCCGAGCGCCGAGACCUCACCAUCAACUCCAUGUUCCUGGGUUUUGAUGGCACCUUAUUUGAUUACUUUAAUGGUUAUGAAGACUUAAAAAAUAAGAAAGUUAGAUUUGUCGGACAGGCCAAACAGAGAAUACAAGAAGAUUAUCUUCGGAUCCUAAGAUAUUUCAGGUUUUACGGCAGAGUCGUGGAGAAACCCGGGGAGCACGAUCCCGAGACCUUGGAAGCAAUCGCAGAGAACGCACACGGCCUGGCCGGCGUGUCUGGGGAGAGGAUUUGGGUGGAGCUGAAGAAGAUUCUGACUGGAAGGCACGUGCAGCACCUGGUUCACCUCAUCUACGAUCUCCACGUGGCCCCGCACGUCGGCUUACCUGCUAAUGCAAGUUUAGAGGAAUUUAACAAAGUCACCAAGAACGUGGAGGGCUUCUCACCAAAGCCAAUGACAGUGUUGGCCUCCUUAUUCAAAGCACAAGAUGAUGUCACAAAACUGGAUUUGAGAUUGAAGAUUUCAAAGGAAGAGAAGAACCUUGGCUUAUUUAUAGUGAAAAACAGGAAGGACUUAGUUAAAGCAGCCGACAGCUCCGAGUCACUGCGGCCGUACCAGGACUUCGUCAUAGACUGCAGGGAGCCGGAUGCCACUGCGCGUGUCUGUGAGCUGCUCAAGUACCAGGGCGAGCACGGGCUGCUGGAGCAGAUGCGGGGCUGGUCCAUCCCCCCCUUCCCCGUGAGCGGCCAUGACCUCAGGAAGGAGGGCAUCUCUUCAGGAAAAGAGAUCGGGGCGCUUCUGCAGCAGCUGCGGACCCAGUGGAAGAAGAGCGGCUACCAGAUGGAGAAGGAGGAGCUGCUCAGCUCCAUCAGGAAGACGGAAGGCUGAGGGCGCGGCCGCCGCGGAAGGGGCCUGAAGGGACGCACCUUGUGCUUGGCACCUGGCUUUUACCCUGGUCACCUGCAGCAGCGUGGAGCCAUCUUCCUGCCCGGCACAGCAGAGCCCACCGGCCGGUGGCCCCAAGCUACGUAGGUAGGGGCUCAUUUGUGCCUGGAGUGCACCUGUCUGUGCCCAGUGUGCUGACGUAACCGUACCCUCUAGGUGCGGCAGAUCUGAUUGAGAACACCCAUGUGUUAGUGACUUUACCCCUACCGUAUGUUUACAAGCAAAGGAUCACCCUGUCUGGGCUCAGUUCAUCUUCAGUGUCUGGGAUUGUGGGCAACAGAGCGGAUCGAGUUAACCCCCAAAACUUCUGAGGCGACAUGUCUUUCUUGGUGGCUGUGAAUUUCCAUCCAAUGUGGCUCGCACAGAUCUUGCAUUGAGCAACCGUCCAGGCGUACCUGCAGAGUGAAGGAGCUGUUAGCCACGCACGCACGUACAUUUCUGAUCCCCAGCCUACUGUGUGCAUCAGCCUGUUUGGAGAGGAUUUAUUUUCUGAGCCAGAAUGUUCUCAUCUGUAUUGUAAUUUGUUACAUAGCAUUUCACUUUUCCACCAACCUCUUACGCUGUACCUUUCCUUCCACUUCUGUUAAGAGCCACCUCGUUAGGAGGGCUUUCCUUCUGGAUUGCUGUCUGGGGACGUGAGGUCGAUGACCUUGGCAGUCAUUCUAACCAGAACUACACAUCAUGGCAGCCAGGUCUGACCUUCCCGUUCCUCCCCCUGGCAGAAGUACAUCAUCACGAAUGCCCCCCUCCCGCAGCCUGCGAGGACAGACUUGGGCCCCAGGUCGCAGGAUCAUCCUUGCGUAUUACGACCAGAGGAGGAGCAGCCUGUUAGCACUGGGAUGCUCUCUGGCUUUGUGGGAGUCACUGCAGCUGCACUCCUUUUUCUCCCUGACUUCAGGUUCAUGGCUCGUGUCCUUCACUGUCUUUUUGAUUAUGUAACUGUAGCAAUUCUGCUUAGGACUGUGGGAUUUUCCACCCAACUGAGGGUCAAAGCAGCGCAGUGUUACCCAGGAAACCAGCUGUGCUCUGUAGAAGGCCGGCCAAUCAGGUUCAGGUUGCAAGCCUUGUACACGGUGAGAGUCUCGUGGACGUAGCCGUGGGGGUUCACGUAGGCGGCCAUCGGCCCGCACAAGGAUAAACUGAAAGAAACCACAGGAAACCAGCAUGGUUUGUCCAUUGGCAGCGGCUCUCCUCCGAUUCACAGGGAGACUUUCAGUGGAACCAGGGUCCUAUGGGGUCAUCCCCGGCCAGGGGAUGCAGGCUCUGCAGAUCUAAGCCAUGCUCAAACCACAGUGCCAGCCACAAUGAGGGGAACGGGGUUCACUUCCUGUGCACAGGCCCCUCCAUCACCCAACCAGGAAGAGGACCUUGCCCAGAACGGAUGCUGAUCCUGGGAAGGCAGUGGGAAAUCCAUCCAGAAAUCACUAAAAAUAAAAGUCUUUACCUGAA